UAUGGAAGAAACAGAAGUCUUCGAAAAAGAAUGUAGCUUCAAGCUAAUUUUAGAAGACGAAGUGCUACGACUAUCACCGGCAAAAGAACCUGGGUCCUCAUCAAAUUCAAAAAUAAUUGAAACGGCGAAAAUCAUAACACCUCAAGAAGAUGACGCAGUGCUGCAACUUUCACUGUCAAAUGAACCUGAGUCCUCAUCAAAUUCAAAAAUAAUUGAAACGGCGAAAAUCAUAGACGCAGAGCUGCAACUUUCACCGUCAAAUGAACCAUCCUCAUCGAAUUCAAAAAUAAUUGAAACGACGAAAAUCAUAACACCUAAAAAAGACACAGUGCUACAACUUUCACCGUCAAAAGAAAAGGAGUCCUCAUCGAAUUCAAACAUAAUUAAAACGUCGAAAAUCAUGACAUCUAACAAAUAUGACCUUCGUUAA